UUAACGCGCAGGGAAUUGUCAAAUGAUACAAUCGUGCGAGCCGAAUUAUUAUGCGGUGCGCAGAGUGUGACCGUAAAAAUUUUAUGUGACCAAAAAGUCACUUGCGAAAUCAAUAAUUGCUUAUUAAAUAAAACGGACAAGCAACAAUGGAAACUGGCAGAUUAACUAUACCGCGCGCCUUUGUUUGCUGCUCAAAUAUAAUUUUCUUGAUUUCAGGUUUUGCAUUGAUGUCAUUAGGUGGAUUAUUAUUAGCCGAUAAUGAACGAAUUUUAUUAUCACGUCUGCUAGGACCUGGUGACAUUCAUCCCGAUCAACCACUCUUUUAUUAUCUGGCUUUUGCUAUAGUUACAUUAGGAUUUCUCAUCGCUAUCACCGGGCUUCUCGGAUGCUGGGCAGCUUGUCUCUUCAAUCGCUGCAUCACAAUCUUUUAUCUCGUGGCGAUAAUCUUGCUACUCCUCGGUGAAUGUACCGUGUGUAUUAUCGCCGUUUUUUGGCCUCACAUAUUGGGGAUCGAUGUUAGACCCGCACGUCUGAUACGCGCUUUGCAACGCAGUUACUCUGUUCCUGGACGCGAACAAUUCACGGCAGCCCUUGAUCUUGCACAAACGACGUUCGCCUGUUGCGGCAUAAACGGAAGCAGCAAUUACGGCACGUCGUGGUGGCGGCUGCAGGAAGUCGGCCGAAGAGAAUUAGUAGUACCUCUCAGUUGUUGCACCCUGAAUAAUGCCAAUGAGACGGACGCUUUCCUCAACCCUGAGCCUGCCAAUCUCACUUUCUGCCAGGCUCUGAACCCUGCCGAACAUCAAUACGCCCGACACACAGUGGGUUGUCUUGAAUAUAUCGAGAAGUGGACGCAAGAUCAGGCAUUGAUCCUGCUGGCUAUUGUAUUAGCUGUUAUGUUUGUCGAAGUCACGGCGCUCCUCAGUAUACUUCUCGCUUGCUCUCGAGGAAACAGAAGAAGCAAGUCGCAGGCAUCGACAUUUACCUCCACGCAGACUUUAAGUCCAUUCACCGAGAGCGAUCAAGAUUUUAGUAUAGGUAUCGAGAACAGGAUGCACACGGCCGGGACGACGUUUGGUACCAAAUCAUGAAGAUGGCUGGAGGGCAGUCAAGGACGAACAGCGAUCGACGUUAAGGACUUGAAUAAUCGAGAAACCAUAUGCGAUGAUACUAAAUAUAAU